CCACAAUCAAAUACUCCACAAUGCCACGGACAUCUAAUGAUGUCGACUACGUGCAGAAGGACCCGAAGCCUUACAAACACCCCAAACUUCCCUACCCCAAGCCUACGCCGCUGCCUGCAUUCGAGCCACUACAAAUCAACAACUACGACGCGCCCGGCACCCCCAAUAUACCUCCAGGUCUUGAUCAGCAUGAUCCUGUGGCCCUAUUCCGCCUAUUCUUUACCGAUGAAAUGGUAGAGAAGAUGGUGCGCUGGACGAACGAGUACGCCAAGGAUCACCGGCCGUCCAAGGGCUCAGCUACUUCUAUUUGCACGGGAUGGAAGGAUUAUAUGGCCAAGCUUAACUCUAUAGACUAGCUUGUAUAUAGCUGCUACACGUAUUUGAAUUGCCUCAGCCGGGUGUAGGCCUCAUCACGGGGGCCUAAUUCGGAGCCUCUAAUUGGCCGAAUCCUUAUCGAUAACUGUGGACGUAAAUCAGCGUGCGAAGAGAUAGUAGCUGAAGCCUGUUUGUAACCACGAACCUAGCAGUCCCCAAGGUAGAGGAGAUUUCAGUGUCGG